ACGUCGAUGCACAAAAGUCAGGUAGAUCAAGGAGUCACAAUGAGGCGUGUCUAAAUGUGAGCUAAAGUUUUUAAAGGUGAAAGCGUUUAAAAACUGCUGAACAGAAACUGAAAGUUAUUGCGACUUCAAAGAAGGAAACAACUGUUCACCCACGAGCUGCUGGUCUUCACUCUUCACCCCUUACUGAAUUAGGAUGUCAGUCCAGUUCUUUGGCUGGGAGGUGACCUACGACGAUGACUCCCCUCGUCAGGAGCUGGGGGCCUCCCAGGCACCCAGAGAUCGAGGUGUCUACACCAUGUACCAUGGCACCAGUGUUGCCAAUGCACGCCUCAUCAUAGCUAAUGGUUUCCAACAGUCCCAAAAAGGCAUGUUAGGAAAGGGCGUGUAUGUCAGCCGUGACAAGAAAAAGGCAGACCGUUAUCCACUGAACAGCAACCAUUCAGACCGCGUGGUCCUUGAGCUGCGUGUCCGUGUUGGCCGUGUCAAGCGCAUCAACAAAGACAACCAUCCUAUGCAGUACACUUGGAGCGCACAGGGCUAUGAUACAGCUUGGGUACCCCCCAAUUGUGGCAUGGCGGCUGUGCCCAGCGGCCUGGAGGAGGAUUGUGUGUUUGACCCCAAAAGAGUGGAGGUCGUGGGCAUUGCAAGGGCAGACCACAACGUACUGACGGAGCUUCAGCAGCUUGUGGCUAAAAGUCGCCUCAGCAGAGGAAACAGUGGUGCAGGCUCUUCUGGUGGUGCUGCUGCGGAUGUGUGUUCACUGUGCAAGCGAAAGAAGCAGCAGGGUUCUUCACACUACAGUCAGCCGUGUUGGGGCUGUGGGCAGAACAUCUGCCCUCUUCAGGUCAAGCAUGUCUGUUCAGUUAACGCUUGAGAAGGGUAAGGAGCUGACAAACUGUAUGGCUGUGACACACCUGGAUCAAGGUUCUUCUACAAACUAUAUGUGGUGCAACAUGUAAUAAAAUAAUUACUGAACACGUGUUUCAGAUGUCUAUAUGCUGUCUACAAAGCUGUUGGCAAGUUCACCAUGCUCCAAUUUAUGCUGCGAUCACGUAAUACUGUCACAUUAGCAUGUGUUAAGAUUAUAGGCAAUCAAGAUGACACACUCUUUAUAUGAGCAAAAUGUCUUUAUUUCAUCCUGAAUGUCGACAUGAGUAUUCUAUUUUUGAAACAUCUGAAACAUGCAGUAGCAGUGAUGAGUUAAAUGAAUGAACUGAUUUUAUUUCCUGAACGAUGUAAAAUCAAAUAAAUAUGUUAAGCCAAUAAAGUCACAAUGAUGAUAUCAGA